UUUGUAAGCUAUGCCAAGCUGGGUCAGAUUCGGUUAUCUUUUCUUUAUUGUCAAAGUAAAUUAUAGUUGGAUGUAAACCUAUUGGGGCCUCCUUUUAGUUUCAUCUUUGAAGAUUUAGAUGUUCGGUCUGAGCAAGUCUAUUUGCAGCCUUCUCUUCUGGAUUCCUUGCGGAGCAUACGUUUAUCUCUAUCUCCUACUCCUUAGUGGAUAAUCUGGUGGUGGAAUUUGUGGAAAUAGGUAACUGUUGAUGCUCAAAAACUCUCCUAGUGAGGCAUCUAACUGGUAUGCUUUCAAUCUGUUGUAGUUUGGUCAGUCUUUGUUAACGCAUCAAACUACCAACAUUAUAUUCUGGAACAAAAACAGUGUCUAAUGGAUCAGUGGAUGAGCCAAAAAGUUGCACUGCGACAGAGCUCUGCCAGCACAUGUUUCUUGAUAUUGUCAAAUCAGAAAAGUUUGGUCAACUAUGUCAUGUGCUUUUUGAAAAUUUUGAAGGCAUGAAGGCUGACAAAGUUUUUGAUAUCAGUCUUGUUCACUCAAGGAUGAAAGAUGGAUCUUAUGAGGGCUCAUCCCUCCUUUUUCACUCAGAUAUUCAACAGGAAGGAAAAUAUAGUGAAGCACUUGGGAAGUGGGAAUCUGCUCUACUUUUGAUGCCAGAUCGUGCCAUUCUACAUGAACAGAAGGCUCAAAUUUUGCUUGAACUUGGAGAAACAUGGAAGGCGCUAAAAGCUGCUACUCGUGCAACUGAGUUGGAACCAAGCUGGGGUGAGACGUGGGUCACCCUUGGUAGGGCACAGCUGAAUUACGGUGAGCCCGAUAGUGCUAUCGAAAGCUUAGACAGAGCACUAGCCAUCAAGCCCGAUUCUGUAGAGGCGCGUAAUGAUCGACAAGCUGCCUUGCAUCAUAUUCAGAGGAGAAAACAGUUACAGACAUCGGGUUUGAGCAUGAACCAAAACCGCUUUGCUGUAGUGGACAAAACUGAGAGCGCUUGAAGGUUUGAAAACGUAGGGAAAUGGAGGAUCUUUCUCAACGCCUAUGUUGGGAAUUAUUAAAGAAGGAGGGCGACAUUUCUAUUUGGAGGAAGCCUUUGAAUAACAGUUGCUAUCUCAGUCGCGCUCCAGCAGUUCAACCUUCUCUAUGUGAUGCUGGUGAUGAUCCAGAUAAUGUCUGGAAUGUAAACCUAAAGAAAUGUAUUACGCAAUUACCUGAGAACGGCUAUGGAGCUAACAUGACUGCUUGGCCUGCACGCCUUCACUCUCCACCAAACAGGCUGUUUAGUAUAAAAAUGGAUGCUGAAUUAUCUAGGAGGGAAAUUUUUAAAGCAGAGUCAAAAUUUUGGAACGACAUAAUAAGGGGAUAUAUUGGUGUUGUAUUAUCUAAAAUAAACUUCUAUUAAGCCAAAAUCGUUAUGUCAACUUACUGUGUUAUUAGUUUUUGCUGUCUCUUUGCUUAUUGUCACUGUUGUACUAUCCGUUAGUUGAUAUUUAUGUUUGCUUAAAGUUUUGCAUCAUCUUGCUUUGGUUUUGAAUGUGAAGGAUUUCAGAAAA